UGGGAGGCUUUUAUCCCCAAGGUUGUCGCCAGGCCGGCAGCUAGUACUCCCCAGGUCGUGGUUCCGGCUGCGAUUGUAGCCGCUGCUUUCACGAUGGCUUGGGUCUGGACUGUGCCACAACCUCUCGGGAGACGUGGGUCGUCGGAGCCUCUUUAGUGUCGGAGUUUGGGCCGCAGGCGUCUUGGCGGCAGCGGAACAACAGAACCUCUGGAUGGACUCUUCCUGGAAAGCUUUGCUAAUUUGCAGCAGCUGGACAAUGUUCCUCAUUAACAUCUGUCUGUCAGCAUAGUCGUGACAUCAUUUCACUGUGGUGACAGGGACUCAUCUCCGAAUUCUUUAUAGAAAAAGCACCUGGAUCCCAGUUUUCCAAUGGCUUCGAGACAACCAGAAGUGCCUGCUCUUGGGCCCAGUGGGCCUCUAGGCAAGAUGUCCCUGCCCAUCGGGAUGUGCCGCCGGGCAUUCAGCUAUGACGAUGCCCUGGAGAACCCUGCACCCAUGACUCCUCCUCCAGCGGACAUGGGCAGCAUCCCCUGGAAGCCAGUGAUUCCAGAGCGCAAGUACCAGGACCUCGCAAAGGCGGAGGAAGGAGAGGCCAGUGUAUCCCCCACUGCCAUGACCCUGGCAACAGACACUGACAGUAUGGACAAGGUCCCGGUGGUGAAGGCUAAAGCUACCCAUGUCAUCAUGAGUUCCCUGAUCUCAAAACAGACCCAGGAGAGCAUUCAACGUUUCGAGCAACAGGCAGGGCUGAGAGAUGCUGGCUACACACCACACAAGGGCCUUACCACAGAGGAGACCAAGUACCUUCGAGUGGCAGAAGCACUCCAUAAACUGAAGCUGCAGAGUGGAGAGACAACAAAAGAAGAGAAGCCCACAUCAGCCCAGUCCAGCCCAAGCAGCACCCCUCAUUCUUCCCCGAAGCAAAAGUGCAGAGGCUGGUUCAUGUCUGGUUCCUCCACGGCCUUAACGGGCCCAAAUCCUAACACCAUGGAUCAGGGAAGUGGGGAUAAGGAUAGAACCUCAUUAGAUAAAUGGAAUGUCUUUGGACCAAGACCCCUCCAGAAGUCUGAUUCUGGUGGUUUUGCUGUCCAGCCCUACAAAGGAGCUCAGAAGCCCUCUCCCAUGGAGCUGAUCCGUGCCCAGGCCACCCGACUGUCUGAAGAUCCAGCAACCUUCAAGCCACCCAAGCUGGACAUCCCAGUGACAGAAACGAAGAAACCACCACUGCGAACCCAUAAUCUCAAACCACGUGAUUUGAAUGUGCUCACACCCACCGGGUUCUAGCCUGCUUCUAUCCCAGGGUAGAGGGUUUCUUUUGUCCCACUUCCCUUGGCUCUCAUAUAGGAAUGGUAUAUUUUUAAACCUCUUAAAUGGAGGCUACCGCUGGAGAUACAAUUAAUUUUUGAAAAACAGUGUAAAGCUUGUACUUGUGUGGAAGAAACCAUUUUGUACUGCUUUAGACUAAAAACGUCUGAGCAGUAAUGUAGGGGACCUUGCAACCUAUUUUUGUAUCAUGUACCCUAGACAACUUUAAUCACUGCUUACUAGGUAUAAUGUUUAUGCUAAUCCAGAACUGCGAUUUGAUUGUUUUAUCAUGAUCAACACGAACACUGACAAAUCAUGGUGUAGAGGUGCCCACUAACUUGGCUGGGCAGCUUUGGCCCUUUGGACCAUGCUGGUGUUGUGCUCCAGUUCACCAUUUGGGACCUAAGAUACAUUUGAGAUCUGGGUACAUUAGCAGCCAGGCCAGGGAGGGAUCGCACUUGGAGGCACCUUGCUUCUUAGUCAGCCUAAUGGGUCCUUUUGUCCUGCAGCCAUUCCUUCAUGACUUGUUACCUCCUAGGCCAUCACCACAGGAGGGACACUUCCCUCUUACCAUAGAACAGUGUUGCUCUUACACUUUAAAAUGAGAUUAGUUUAAAUCCAAUUUGGUUGAAAAGUAAGGGAAAAAAUUCAGCCUCCUUGAUUUCAAACUGAUUAUAUCUAUGUAUCUAUACACCUAUAGAUAUAUAUUUAAAUUUUUUUCCUGGGGGUGGUGCUAGGAAUGAAUCUGGGGCCUUGUACAUGCUAGGCAGGCACUAUACCACUGAGCUGUACCCCUAACCCCUACAUAUUAAAUAUUUUUUAGCAUAAAGAUGGUUAGUACAGAUACUUUAGGUUCAUAUAAAAAUAAUAUGUCAUCUUUUUUUUGAUUUUUGUCCAGAUCAGAGUCUGAAAUUUUGUGAGGUGGGAGUGGUU